ACUUCGUUGAAGCCAUGAAGACAACCAUGACUCCGCUUUUCUCCCUCGCCGCCGCGGCCCUCCUUCCCUGGGGCCACAAUGCCUUCGUUAUUGUGCCCGCGGCGACAUCGCUCGGGGGGCGGGGGGGGAACGUCGCCCGUCCGGAAUCAAGGAUAAGAGCGAACCCGACGGCAGAAGCUCUCCAGCAGCGCGAGGAUGCCCGGGCAGCCCUCUUGGAGUCCGGCGGCGUGGACGAACUCUUGAGGAAGAUCGCCAUAAUGAGAGGGGAAGAGAUUGAGGAGGGGGCGGCGGCUGCUCCUGCUGCGGCGGCGGCUCCUCCGGUUGCGAAGAAGCCCGAGAAGAAAGCACCGGAGCCCGUGGCGGCCGCACCCGCUCCCGCUAAGCCGGCUCCCGUUGAGAAGAAACCGGCCCCUGCGCCGCCGGCUCCUGCUAAGAAGGAACCGGCUCCCGUGGCGGCGGCGGCGGCGGCCCCCGUUGAGAAAAAAACGGCCCCUGCGCCGCCGGCUCCUGCUAAGACGGAGCCGGCUCCCGUAGCUGCCGCGGCGGCGGCUCCCGUUGAGAAGAAACCGGCCCCUGCGGCGGCAGCGGCCCCGGCCCCCGUAAAGAAGGAAGCCGCGCCUGUGGCGGCGGCGGCGGCGGCCCCCGUAAGCGAGAGCAAGCCUGCAGCAGCAGCAGCACCCGCCGCCCCCGCGGCGCCCGAGGCUGCGGCGCCAACAACCCCGCAGAAGAAGAGCAGGAAGCAGCAAAAGAAGAAGAGGGGAAAGAAGGCGAAGGCCUGAAGAGGGUUCUAUAGCAGUGUUGAACCGGAGGAGGAUUGAUUGCCUCAACGGCUACGAGAUUUUCGGAUGUGGACACACCCUGCUGUAAUUUAACCCCAUCAGGUUGGUAGGAGCUGGCACGAGGACAUUUUGGAGCAGGAGUGUGGGUCGUAGCUCGCGCGCUGUGUCUGUUUUCGUUGAGAGACAUGGGGUCUUCGUCUGUGUGGGAAGAACGAGAAAGCUGCGAACUUGGAAACGAACUGAAAUUGAGCUGGGUUGGGAGAGACCAAUCGAGAGAUAACACUGGUUUAACGUUGUGAGUGUUGUAUUGAUGUCUUUAGAUAGGAAUAUUCGUAUAUUUUAGAGUACGCAGCAGCAGCCGCAGCAGCACAUGAAGAGUCGGGUAUCGGCAAAAUCGGGUUUGCGCGAGAGCAAGCCGCUGCGUUGGCUGGGCGCUGGGCGAUCCUUGCUGUGUUGUCCAUGCUUCUCUGGCACGUCAAUACGUUUGUUGUGUAAACCCUUCAUCCCAGAUGCCAUACCUGGCGUUCUGUUGUUUAGAACUGCAUGGUUCCUCUAGUUCACCGGGUAGCCUAGGCAGAGCGGGCUGCGUAGUGAAUGUGAGUUGUGACGGGCGACAAAUUCUGUUUGCCUAGAAAAUUAUUCAUUUUUGGAGACAAAUGGAGAAGCAGUAGCAUCAAUGCACCUACAGAGUGCUGGACAUUUCCGUGCGCCGGGGUUGGGGGGAGAGAAUGAGAAAAAUGUUUGCUCGGUGGUUGUUGGUGUAGGAUGUCGAAAACGCCGUUUUUGCCUGCGCCCCUACCGAAGUUGAAAGGCGUUGAUCGGAUUUUUUCUGUCUGCUGCGCUUGGUUGUGAAAAUGCCGCGCGCGGGGGCGCUCCGGAGCGUGGUCCGUCUUGUUCCUGUGGGUUCCAUGGCGUGAAGUUCGAAGCGGUGCCACCUCGUUAUGCUUCGUAGCGUUUAGACUUGGAGGUGAACAUGCAGGUCGCGAAGAGGCUGCGUGGUAUUUAGUGUUUUGGUUUGUUGCUCCUGGUGGUUCGUUGUGCUCUUUACCUUUUGCAUUCGCGCACGGACAGAACUUGUGAUGGCCGUUCAGGGUUUUUGCAGUUUUCUGUUGUGAGACGUCCUAGGAAACAUAGCGAAGACGUAGAUGCGACGGGAGCGAGAUGGAAAUUGGAAUCAGCUGAUGUGGAGUGGGAAGCAAGCCGCCAGCUGCGAUGCAUCCACCGAUGUCUGGCCAUGAACUUUGUUUUUGCCUAGACCGGUUAUUGCGUUCGCGAAGAAGCUGUAGAAAAAAUUCAGUUUGAAGUAGUACAUAAUCGAAUGCGAAAAUGAUGGUGCUGG